CGCACACACACAUAGACAGUGCUAGCAGGCAGAGGCAGUGAGCCAGCCAGCAGAGAGCCUGCCGACCAGCAGCCAUGACAGACACCGACUCUCUGAGUGAGGCACUAAAGGCUAUCAGUGUGAGCACAGAGUUGAUUGAAGAGGAGCUCAAGCCUCAUUUGGACACGGUGCUGACUUCUCUGCUGGAAAAGAAGAAAGAUGCUGCUGUUGACAUUGCCAGAAGUGGGAUUCUACCCACGCUGGCCCAGGCCUUACAGAGGAAAAGCAGCCUGACCUGCCAGGUGGCUCUGGUGGUGGCAGAGAUGGCCCGUGAAGCUGCAGUCAGGGAGCCGUGCAUUGAGGCGGGCCUGGUGAAGGUGCUGGUUCCCCAUCUGAACAGCAAUAACCCGGAGAUGCUGCUGAACACUGGCCGGGCCAUCGGGCGCAUCUGCUUUGACAACUCGUACCAACAGGACCAGUUAGUCCAGAGCGGUGUCAUCCCCAGACUGGUGUCCAUAAUGAGGGAGUAUCCAGAGAAUGACCCACUGGUGAAUGUCUGCCUGCUGGCCCUCUGUAACCUGGCUGACAUGGACUCUGCGAGAGAAGCCCUGGCAGAGCAGGACGUGGCAGAUGUGCUGACGUUUCAGCUGAAACGGGCGCCUGAUGCCGAACGCCGACAUGUCAUCCUGGAGAUACUGGGCGCACUGGGCGAGAGUGAUGCACUGAAGCUGCAGUUUGCAGAGUCAGGAGUACCAGAGGCUUUAUCAGAGAUGAUCCGGGGCCUGCAGGGAGGUUCUGACCCCCAUGACCUCUGCAGCAUCAAGAUCGCCUCCAACCUCAUAGUGUCCCUGCUUUUAGGAGAUGAGUCCAUGCAGAAGUGUUUUGGUGAGGGGUCAGGACUGGUGUAUCAGGAUGUGCUGUCCUGGCUGCAGAGCUCCAACACUCAGCUGCAGCUGUCCGGAGCCUUGGCCAUCGCCAACUUCGCCAGAAAUGACAGUAACUGUGUGAAGAUGCUGGACCUCGGCGUGGUUCCUCACAUCCUGACUUUGCUGGAGCAACAUGUCGAUGAAGGAGAUGUGUCUGUUCAACACGCUGGACUGAGCGCGCUGAGGAACCUGGCCAUUCCUGCCACUAACAAAGUGCGGAUGCUGGAGGACGGGGUGACUGAGAGGAUAAAGACCCUGCUGCGCUCUGACAUGCCGCCGGUUCAGUUCAAACUGCUGGGGACACUGCGCAUGAUGGUGGACGGACAAGAAGAGGCAGCCUUAGUGCUGGGGAGAGAUGCUGUGCUGCUGGCUCGGGUCAUGGAGUGGUGUGAGGCCAAAGACCACGCGGGAGUCCGAGGAGAAGCCAGUCGCUUACUGGCUGCCUUCAUCAGACACAGUCGCAGCCCAGAAGUUGUUUGUGCUGUGGCCAAAGCAGAUGGGGUUCGGCACCUUAUCUCCAUGGCAACAAGUGAACAUGUCAUCAUGCAGAACGAGGCCCUGGUGGCUCUGGCGAUAGCAUCUGCCAUUGACCUUGAGUCGAUGAAGGAUCCCUUUGGGGAGGCGGAGCUGUUGCCCCUGCUAAAGAAGAUGUUGGAGGAUCCUGUGGGGGCGGUCGAAGUCAAGUUCAGUGCUUUAGGUCUCAUCUGCAGUCUGGCUAACUCCAGUGUGAUGAAGGAGGAGUUGAACUCUGUGAACAUGAAGGAGAGCCUCAGUAAACUGACAGAUCAUAGCAGCAGUAAACUUGCCUCACAGGCCAGCUCCAUACUGGCCACCCUCAGUGACACCAGCUAAACCAGCACACUGCAGCAACACAGGAUCUCAUCUGCUGUAUGGAUUUCUCCAGCUUAUUCAAUAACAUGCUCUAAUUCAAAUGAUCUUACUGCACAGAUAUUAUUAAAUAUUCAAUUGGCUUCUAAAAAUGUCACCUGUUUUGUGGCAAUAAUUACUAAUUAAAUACGCAUAUGACUAACACUCUGUGCCCCCAAUAACAGCCCCCGCAAUCUGACAACAUACUGUCAGAUUUCCAGCUCUUAAACCCUGAACAGAAGGAGGGCUGAAGGUGUGAGUGCUGGCCUAAAGGAAAGUGCUUCAUUCAAUCAGCUUCAUGGUAACCUGUCAUCAGAUUGUGAUAUUUCUCAUAUACAAAUGUACAGUAAAUGUAGCGGUGGUGGUGGCGGUAGAGGAAGGGUCAGUGGAUUCACCUUCAGGGGACAAUUAUUAUCCAAAGAAACUAUGAAAAAUUACAGUUCAUAGAUUCAGAACUGAUAAUUACAUUUUCCUUUGAAUGACAGUUGACACCUGAAACAGGAAGGUCAAAGAGGCAACUAAGAUCUGGAUGUGGCAUCAUUCAGAUAGAGGGUCAAACAUAUUCGUACAAAUUAUUUCUACUUAUUGGAUGCAAUAACAGUAUACACUGAAGUUUGCACUGCUUCAAUACUUCAAAGCAACUAUCAGACUUUCAGUUAUGGUAUCUGUUCCUUAAGGAGCUUGUAUCAGUUUGUUUGUUCAGUGUUGUGAACUAAAGAUGAUGUUCUGUGAGACUGAGACUCUGACCGCUACAACGUUCAGCUGCAAGUAAAUCAUUAAAAGUUCAAGAGUCUCAGGAGAUUCAGAAAUGUACUAUGAUAUUUUGAAAACACACCCAGAAUAUGAACAAAGAAACAGCAAAAGGUUUAAAACAGUUUUAAAGUUGUGUUUUUGGACAUUUUGCCUUUGUUCUGAUUGUUGGGG